AUGGACUGCACCUCUCCUCUCCGCUCUGCCCCUCAGCGUCGGCUGCAGCCGGCUCCCUGGAAGGAUUCCUGCAGUGUGAGCUCCCAGCACAGCGAGCUCAGCCUGAGCCCACAUGGCUGGGGGCACCAGCUCGGCCGCCUGGAGCCACUGCAGUGCCAGGACCUGCUGGUCCAGAAUGCGCUCUUCACUGGAGACCUGGACAUGGUGCAGAAGUACUUCACCAAGAGCUCAGCCAUCAACCUCAUCAUCGAGACCAGGGGCGAUGUGCUGCGCUGGACCAGCAGCAAACGUGGACUGUGGUCGCUGAGCUACGAGCAGGAGCUGACCACGCCGCUGCACAUCACGGCGGGCCGGGGCUACACGGAGUGCCUGCGGCUGCUGCUGCUGCGCGGCGCCGCCGUGGACCUGGCCCCGGGCGGCAGGACGGCCCUGCACGAGGCCUGCGCGGCCGCCAGCGCGGCCUGCGCGCGGCUGCUGCUCCGCGCCGGGGCCGACCCCGAGGCCGUGUCUGAGCAGGGCCACCGGCCCCUGCACCUCUGCAAGAGCUCCGACUCCAUCGGGUGUGUCCAGCAGCUGCUGCAGCACGGUGCCAGUGUGAACAGCCAGACGGAGGAGGAGCAGGACACAGCGCUGCAUGUGGCAUCGCGGCACGGCCUGGCAGAGCACGUCCAGCUGCUGCUGCGCCACGGGGCUCAGCUGGAGCUGAGGAACAAGGAGGGGCAAACGCCGCUCAAUGCUGCCUGUGCCCAGCAGCACCAGCCCCAGGACAUGGACCGCUACUACCGCGUGUGCCAGCUGCUGGUGGAGAGCGGUGCCAGCGUCAACGCCGAGGACCGCGACCGGCAGCACCCGCUGCACCUGGCCUGCAAGAAUGCCAACGCUCAAAUCGCAGAGCUACUGCUGGCCCGGGGUGCCAAUGUCAAUGUCAUGAACUACGGCGGCAACACGGCCCUGCACAACAUCCUGCAGGUGGCCGCCUACAGGCGGGAGCACCGCCCGGAGCUCGUGGUGCGAGCGCUGCUCAACCACGGCGCCGUGCGCGUCUGGCCGGGCUCCCUCCUCAAGGUGCUGCGGUGCUGCCACAGCUGCCCGCGUGUCAUCGAGGCCCUGGUGAACAGCUACAGCCACGUGCGCGUCUCCGAGGACUGGCUGGCAGCGGUUCCAGCAGAGGUGGUGCAGAAAUACCCAUGUUUCUACCAGUCCCUUUUCUCCCUGGGGCACAGACCUCGCUCCCUGCAGCACCUGGCUCGCUGCGCGCUCAGGAGCCUCCUGGAGGGCCGGCUGCUGCUGGUCCUGUCCCAGCUGCAUCUGCCCAGUGCCCUGCACCAGUUCCUGCUGCUCGGCUUCGAGGACGUUCUCUACUAGGGGUGGCAGUUCCAGUCCUGCUGAGCCUUUCUGUGCACAUGUUCCACCUGCCAGUGCAGUCUGUGCUUUUGCAGCUCCCCCCUUCCCCCCAAUCCAUCCUGCCUGGCCACAUCAGCACCCUGU